AUAUGAACCUUGUAUUGCAUUUUCCCCCAAAACCACGACCUUCCAUAUUUACCCCGAAACCAAAAUUUGAACGAAAAACAUUUGUCCUCAAGAAUUUGCUCCAAGAAUUCACCAUUGGUAUUGAAACUCCGCUAUCACACUCUCAUGUCAUCCACGCUGAGGUUUCCCCUACCCUCUUCUAUUAUCAAUUAUGCCCCUCCUUCACACCUGGCAAGCCCUCGAUUUUGCAGAAUUCUGAAUGUGCAAUUCUUUGCGAAAAGACACCUGCUUCGGUUAUGCACUGUUAGUACCAACAAUAGCGUCCAUGAAUCAACAGAUGAAGAUAAUAGCUCCGUGGAGAAGUCAGGUUCUAUGGGGAAGGAUGAAAGUCAACAAGCACUCUCACCUAAUGAGAUUAUGGAGAGAUUGAAGAGAUAUGGUAUCUCGGGAAUAUUGUCUUACGGCCUGCUAAACACUUUUUACUAUCUUACUACUUUCCUUGUGGUGUGGUUUUAUGUCAGUCCGGCCCCUGCAAGGAUGGGUUAUUUAGCUGCCGUUGAAAGGUUUCUCAAAGUAAUGGCCAUGGUGUGGGCUGGGAGCCAAGUGACUAAGCUCGUUAGGGCUGGAGGGUAAGCUGCCUAAUGACUUUUUUACAUUCUUUAUAGGGUUGAUAGUUCAAUUUAUCUUGCUUAUAUCAUCUCUUUGUCCCCACCCCCGCUCAAUAAUACAUGUAUAAAUGAACGAACAUGAAAGCAUGCAAGUAUUCAGGCAGUUUGGUUUCUGUAAGAGGAUCGCUCUAGUGCAUCCUUUAGGUUCCUUUAAGCUUUUCUAGUUCAAAUAUUUUC